UCCUAACUCUACUAUGCCACAACCGGCCGCCUAACCCCCUACUAACCCUAAUAUUUAUGUUUCCUACAAUCCCCACCGCUUGAAAACAACCUUGCCCUCAAGGUUGUAGUCAAAUUUAAUUAUGUCCUUGCUCGUGUUUCCUCUUCCUCCAAUUUCGUCCAAGUGCUCGAACCAGACUUCUAGCACCAACAUCUCCUGCCAACAUCCCACCAUUGACGGUUGAAUCAAAUACUCCUAUUUGGCACAUCACCUGUUUGUCAUCCAAGUUCCCAUCACCAACAUUAAGCACUUGCCCUGGUGUAUAAGAAUGCCAUAUGCAAAGAAAGUGUACUGCAUAGCUCCCCAAAACACCUUCCUGUUCCUGACCACGAAUAAAGCCCACCCAAGGAAGAAUUGAAUUGGAAGCUCCCCACGACACGUCACCCCAACUACACAACAAUCCAGUGGAUUGAUCUUUCUCUUGUUGCUGGUUAACAUUUUCGGGCAGCAGUGAUGACUCUUCUUUUAUUGGCAUUUCGGUUUCUUUUUCAUCCUCCAAUUCCUUGGUUUCCUCUUCGUCUACGUCGGCGACAAGCGAAGCUUCCGCCAGGGCCACCAACGUUGGUUCCUCCUUGGGCUUGCUGGUCGGUGCUUUUUCCUCCAGCACCAUGAGCUUUUCCUCGCCACCGCUACGCGACCGUCCGUCAGAGAGCGCCGCCCGCAUCUCCUCCGUUGUCGGCAGCUCCUUCUUCUCGACCUCCGACUCCGGCGAGGCAACCCAAUCACCCAACGUCGAUAACUCCUCCUCAGUCUUAUUAUUCGGCGACACCCAAUCUGCCAAGUGGGUGGAGAUCGAUCUCGAAGCUGCGACAGCAGUCUUCAGCUCCUCCUCCCCGUUUGACUUCGCCCGCUACUCCCCUUUCCCUUCCGACCUCGCCAAGAAAGCAACCGCCAAGGAUCGCGACUUCCCUCGCGCAAUUCUCCUCUCCCACGAGACUUCAAUCUCGCGGCGCGGAGGCAAUCUCGACCCGACGGCCAUUCUCUUUUGCUCCGCCACCGUGUCUGACGACUCCUCUGUCUCGUUCUUGAAUGGCGGCCUAUCCUCAAGCUCUUUCAUCUCUUUCUCCGUUCCGGCCUCUGGUGAGGAGCAGCUCUUCAGACGAGCAAAGCCCAAACCUAGUGAAAUCCUGCGUGGCUCCUGCUCCGCCCUCGGUCGGCAAGUGUUUCCGGCAGAUUCCAACUUCAUCUUAAGAAUCUUUGUGAGUUCUUCGAUCAAGAGAUCGAAGUUGGUCGAACCCAUGGUACGAGUGUCACAACCGGGCUCUGAUACCACUGAAAGAACCCCGCUUCUAGGGAUUCUAGGGACUGAUCUUUGGCACUCGUGAGAUUGGGAUUUAGGGUUUGAGAUUUAGGGAUUUAGAUGAGAAUUGGGGAUUAGGGAUUGAAGAACAGAAUUGGGGUUGAGAUAGAAGAAUGGCCGACGGCCUUUAGGGAAGAGAAGGACGAGAUUUGAGAGGGAUACUUUCUGUAAUAUUAUUCUUGACUGAUUAUGACGUAAACCCAAAGUACAUAUUUAUAGAAAAUAAACCCAAAACCCUAACGAGAAUCCUAACUCUACUAUGCCACAACCGGCUGCCUAACCCCCUACUAACCCUAAUAUUUAUGUUUCCUACACAUACCCUUGCUCAUGGUUGUUGACGCGCCUCCAUUGCCAGACUUAGCCAUAUUAGCAUGCUUACUAAAAGCAUGUGUGGCUUCAUGUUGUAGCAUAUUAGGCACACUUAUUAACUUACUGGUUGUGGUUUCAUGUUGUGGCUUCUUCGGUAUGUUUAUCUGUCUAUUGUUUGUGGUUGGUGACAUGCCCAUUUGUCGACCAUUCAUGGGUGGCAUGCUACAAGGGGCCUUGCCUCCGUGUCCACUCUUUGACACGCUGUUAAAAUUAUGAAAAUCAUUGGUGGUAUGUGUAUUCAACACCUGCUUAGACUUGCCACUCACUCCAUUCAUCAUGUUUGAUGGCAUGCCCCCCCUGUCCGCUGCAUGGAGAUAGAGACAUGCCAUUCUUGCCACACUUAGAUGAAAAAUGUGGUGAGUCCUUAAACGAAGUUCUUUUUCCACUUUCCUUGACGUUAGGGGUGGGCAAACGGUUUGGUAAACCCGAACCAAACCGAAACCUAAUUAAACCGAACCGAAACAGAAUUAAUGCUAUUCGGUUCG